CGCGACGGCUGCGCAUGUGCAGGCUAUGCGUCCAAGGUGGUCUGGGCCGCCAGCGGGAAUACAAGGAGCAUUAGCUAGGUGGAGCUGCUUUUUCCUCCCUCCUGCCGUGGAAGAGGCAGUUUUCUCCCUCUUGGGAUCUUUUGUUUCUAGGACGUAGCCUCUCAAGAAUGGGAAAAUGCACUUGAUGCCUUGGUGGCAUUACUAUAUUCCUUUUGAACAGCAGCAGGCUGGCCUUGCUUAGUUUCAUGAAGUUUGUCCUAUCUUUUGUUUUUUGGAAGUGAGCAUAAUUUCAGAGUUAGGCUGCGGAUCUUUUGCUUAGUGGGCAUAAUUGACCAAAGGAAAUGGAGGAAAAGGAGCGAUGUGAUAAAUUCCAUCUGACAGUCUGAUGUUAUGGUCAUGUAAAUUAUAAAAUAUUUUUCAAGGGGAACCCCAAGAGAAAGGGGGGACUAUAUUAAGGACAGUCUCUUGAAAGCUGAAGAAGAGCAAAGAUGGAAGAAAAAGGAUCCAGAUCUUCAAAAGUUUCUUAUGCAGUCAUCUGAUAAAGCCAACUGUUAAAGCAGCAACAGGUUUGCAGCUUGUGAACUGGAGCUGUCUAUAAAAGAAGUGGUUAGUUGUUUUUUGUGUGUGGGAAGAGAUUUUACACAUUUUAUCUCUUCCCAUCUUCACCUCGUACACUACGAAAAAAAUGAGUUGUGUGCCAUGGAAAGGUGACAAGACCAAAUCAGAAUCACCAGAGACGCCGCAGCUGAUGCCAGUGCAUAUUUAUCAUGAAAAACAACGAAGGGAGUUGUGUGCUCUCCAUGCCCUCAAUAAUGUCUUCCAGGACAGCAAUGCCUUUACACGUGACACGCUACAGGAGAUUUUCCAGAGGUUGUCUCCCAAUACCAUGGUGACCCCACACAAGAAGAGCAUGCUGGGAAAUGGGAACUAUGAUGUGAACGUCAUCAUGGCAGCUCUUCAAACCAAAGGCUAUGAAGCAGUUUGGUGGGAUAAGCGUAGGGAUGUUAAUGUAAUUGCGCUCUCUAAUGUGAUGGGCUUCAUUAUGAAUUUGCCCUCAAGCCUCUGCUGGGGCCCAUUGAAACUUCCCCUUAAACGACAACAUUGGAUCUGUGUUCGGGAAGUGGGAGGUUCUUACUACAAUCUUGACUCUAAACUCAAGGUGCCUGAAUGGAUUGGAGGUGAAAGUGAGCUCAGGAAGUUUUUGAGACACCAGCUGCGAGGAAAGAACUGUGAACUUCUCUUGGUAGUGCCUGAGGACGUAGAGGCACAUCAAAGUUGGAGAGCUGAUGCAUGACCUGCAAACACCUUGUUCUUGCACUACAGUACUGGUCUUUUCCCCUCACCAACUUCUGUGUCCUGUGGUGUGGAUAAUAAGUGCUCUAACUCCUCUUCCCUGGAACUUGGAAGUUUGGGGGGUAUUUUAUUUUAAGGGUGCAAUAAAAGCAGCCACGAGGUAUUGUCAGGGCCAACAUGAAGAACAGAAACUGGACACUUACUGGGAAAAGGAAGAAUCAGCUGUGUGCUCUAAAAUGCAUUAAUAUACUAGGAGUGAGGAAUUGGAAUCCCCCUUUUCUCUUCCUUCCCAGACUUUAGGCAGUUACACACUAAUGUCCCCAGACGUUUCCAAAGCUCCUUUUGGCUGGAAAGCAUGUCUUUCCUUUAUGGGAAGGCUGGGGCCAAGCAUGCUCCCUUCAUAGUCACACACAACUCUUUUGAACUUGCAAAACCAUGUGGGUCUCUCAGGAAACUCUAGAUACUCUUAGCAACAGUAUGGUGCUUGCGGAGUCCUAAUUGUGCCAAGAGUUGGGGAACGUGUAGGGGGGAAAAUGGGACCAUCACUAUGGAACUCCUGUGGUUUU